CGGGCCUUCGAAUGACACCCUGAAGACAAGUGCCUUUACUUUGGGUGAGGGCCAUACACCAUGGACGCAUGCGCGUCUCUAAGGCCCACCUGUCGCUUCGACUGUGUAGGGAGAUAAGACCUAACGUGUACGGGCUCCAGUUUCCUCACCACGAUCCGCGCAGUUCGUCACUGAGCGGACAGCUGCCCUCGUCUCAGGAGAGACAGCAUGGGUCCAUUCCUGUUUCUGGAUGUUGAACAUUCACGCCUAGCUUAUUUCUCAAAUAGAACUAAUGCCAACUUUAGCUCUCCAAAUGGAACAUACUGCUACAACACUGCGCGUGGAAGUACUGUACUGCAAGGUGUAACCUUCGGUGGUGUGCCUACUGUCCUGCUGCUUGAUGUAAUUUGCUUUUUGAUUUUAAUCUUGGUGUUCUCUAUUAUAAGGAAAAGAUUCUGGGAUUAUGGUCGUAUUGCACUUGUGUCGGAAACAGAAAGUGAAACAAGAUUUCACAGAUUAUCUUCUUCCUCAUCUUUGUCUGAUGACUUGGACCUUGAUACGGGGUUUUGUUCUUGGAUAACAGCUGCCUUUCGGAUGCACGAUGAAGAGAUCCAUGAAAAAUGUGGGGAUGAUGCCAUUCACUAUCUUACCUUUCAACGUCACUUAAUCUGCUUAUUGAUUGUUGUCACCAUUUUGUCUUUGUGCAUCAUACUGCCUGUCAAUUUGUCGGGUAACUUACUUGAGAAAGAUCCUUAUAGCUUUGGAAGGACUACUAUAGCCAAUUUACAAACUGGAACCAAUCUUCUUUGGCUUCACACAGUAUUUGCUGUUAUCUACCUGAUUUUGACAGUGCUGUUCAUGAAACAUCACAGUAAAUCCAUCACAUAUAAAGAAGAAGACCUAGUAAAACACACACUGUUCAUAAGUGGCCUUCCCCAGACUGCCAAGAAAACAAACCUAGAAAAUCACUUCAUUGAAGCAUAUCCAACCUGCACUGUGAAAGAAGUCGACUUGUGUUACGAUGUAUCCAGACUUACCUAUCUGUAUAGAGAGAGAAAAAAGGCAGAGAAAAGUGUGGUUUAUUAUACACACCUUUAUCAGAGAUACGGAAGACGGUUUCUCAUAAACCCAAAACCACUUGGCCAGUUGUGCUGUUGUGAAAUCAAUGGCUGUGAAAAGGAGGAUGCUAUAGAUUACUACAGCAGAAUUACUAAUAAAUAUUUGGAAGAAUAUUUGAAAGAGGAGCAGGUAGUUUAUGAUAAGCCAUUGGGAAUGGCUUUUGUAACAUUCCAGGAAAAAUCCAUGGCAACAUAUAUUCUGAAAGAUUUCAAUGCCUGGCAGUGUCAAAGUUUUAAAUGUAAAGAACCACCCCAGCCAUCAGCUUUCAGCAAAGAACUAUGCAUUUCAAAGUGGAAUGUUGCCUAUGCUACCUAUCCACAGAAUAUUUGCUGGACUAACCUCUCAGUUCAAGGGCUGAAUUGGUGGUUUCGGUGGCUUUUAAUAAAUUUGUUGCUUUUUGUUGUGCUCUUUUUCCUGACUACACCUUCCAUCAUUAUUUCAACUAUGGAUAAGUUCAAUGUAACAAAGCCUAUUCAUUAUCUUAAUAACCCUGUUAUUAGCCAGUUCUUCCCUACAGUCCUCCUGUGGUCCUUUUCAUCUUUACUACCAACAAUGGUCUAUUUCUCAACACUGUUUGAAUCACACUGGACAAAGUCUGGUGAAAACAGGAUAAUGAUGCAUAAAGUCUACAUUUUUGUGAUCUUCAUGGUGUUAAUUCUGCCUUCACUUGGUUUAACCAGUCUAGAUUUCUUUUUUCGGUGGUUGUUUGACAGAGCAUCUGAUGACUCUACAAUCAGGUUAGAGUGUGUCUUUCUGCCCGAUCAGGGAGCCUUCUUUGUGAAUUACGUGAUAGCAUCAGCUUUUAUUGGGAACGGAAUGGAGCUGCUGCGUUUGCCAGGCCUCAUUCUUUAUACCUUUCGCAUGAUGUUGGCCAAAUCUACUGCUGAGAGGAAAAAUAUUAAGCAGCAUCAAGCAUAUCAAUAUGAGUUUGGAGCAAUGUACGCCUGGAUGUUAUGUGUUUUCACAGUCAUUAUGGCCUACAGUAUCACAUGCCCCAUUAUUGUCCCAUUUGGAUUAAUCUACAUACUGAUGAAGCAUACCGUUGACCGCCACAAUCUGUAUUAUGCAUACCUCCCUGCUAAGCUAGAGAGCCAGAUCCACUUUGCAGCUGUGACUCAGGCCCAUGCAGCUCCAAUUCUCUGCCUGAUUUGGCUGCAUUUUUUCUCUUUUUUGAGACUAGGUUUUAGAGCACCUACAAGUUUAUUUACAUUCCUGGUUGGCGUUGUAGCAGUUUUUAUUUGCUUAGUUUCCACUUGUUAUGCUGGCCUGAAAUAUCUGAACCCCCUCAAUUAUAAGCUAGAAGACUCAACUGUUGAAAAAGGAAGUGAAAUGGAUUUAGCAACUGGAAACAUUUCUGUAUAUAUCCCACAUGUUCUGGUUCCCAGUUCUACUGAAAGAGCAAAUUUGUUGCAUCUGGAGAGGCUGAAUUAUGGUGCCAUGGGAAAGACCACCCCGAAUGUGAAACGAGGCCAUGUCCCUUUAUGUGAGGAAACAGUCAUUGGACAAUGCAGUUGAAAGAUAGAAGACCAUCAUCCCCCUUAUUCUGAGAAAAGGGUCAUUGGGAAAACAUAGAAGUGUGAGUUUCAGACUAACACAAGAUGGCAUCCUCAGCCCUGAUUUAGAAGAAACAAAAAUCCAUUGAAAGGUUAAUUUCCCAGUCUUUUCUACCAGGAGUAGCUGUCAUAAGAAUGUUCAAGAAGGGCUCAGUUGCUGAUGUUACAAGGUAGCCACACAAGACUGUUUGCCUUUUAAGUCUUCACAAAAAUUGUGGCAUAGGUGUAUUGAACAAAAGUGCUCAGGGAAGCUACUUUGGGUUUUUUUUUCAUUUGCCUUUCUUGAAGAGAUUUGACUAAAUGCUUGAUCUUAGAUCACUGGAGCCAAAGAGUUAUCAAAACAUCAGGACCUGUCUUAUUUUUUGAAAUUAUGCCCUUUUACUUUUAACCAGUCCUUGGUUGUCUGCUAUAUGCUUAAUUAAGCUCAAAGGCAACAUGUCCUAUGCCAAAACAAGCAUAGGCAAAACUAAGAAAAUGUAGUCUGGAGAAUAGAGUCCAGUGUUCUGCCAGUACCUCAUAUUAUCAAGAUAGGUGGGAACAUUUGUAUUUCUUGAAAAGAGGAUGGGUCCAGUAAGAAUAUGCCAUAACUUGAGAAUUUAGUACAAGAAUGUAUUUAUCUGAGAACUUUUAAGUAUGGAUUGAAUUUGUUAAUUUUCUGGUCACUAUUUUAUGGGCCUCACAAACAGGAAAAUUUUCUUGACAAGCAAUAAAUAAUGUAAUUUUUAAUUAUUUUUAAUAUCUCUGGUUAUAAAAAUAAAUGUCUGCUUUAAGUGCCAAGAGUAUCACAAAUAUAUGAAGUGUUGGGCUGUUUUUAAAUUAUGUAGUAGGUAUAAAUUUCUGCAAAAGCUGUGUUGAAUAAAUUAAGUAAUCACAUUAAAUAAAACACUGUAUUCAGAUAUA